GCCACAGGGCCGGGGGAACCUGGGCUGAGGAGCCGGGGGAGGGAUAGCAGGCAGGCCCGGCGUAUGUGCCAGCCCAGAGACACACACAGAAGUGUGAAUCGGGCUGAGGAUGCUGCGUCCGGGCGCUCACAUGUGUAUAGACCCACCGGCGUGUCCAUAUGCCGUGUGGGCACCUGUCGUGUGAGUGGCUCCGGGCGUGGCUGCUUGUAGGACGUUCAGUUUCUGUAAGAUUUAACUCGAGGAGCCCACCUUCCCCCGGCCCCAGAGGGGGAACCUAAGAAGUUUAACGGAGCCGGGGCUGAGCAGAUUAAGGGAGUGGAAGAGCAGCUGGGCCGGAGAGGGUAGGGACUGCGGGUGCCGGGGGCCAGGGAACCUAUUUGCCCCGUCUACCCAGCGGAACGGCCUUUUGGCAAGACUGGCGUGACAAAGGUGGCUCUGAAAUGCUUGAGAGCCCGGGGCAAUGAUGAUCGCUGAGUGAGUGGCGCUGGGCUGAGCCUGGGCAGUUGACUGACAGAGAGGGAUGCUAGCUAUUAGGAAGGUAAGGAGGAAACUCAGGAUGGGGACCAUCUGCUCCCCCAACCCCAGCGGGACAAAGACAUCAUUGGAGGUCUGCAAUGCCGACUGGAUGGCCUCGCUCCCUACUCACCUCCACAACGUCCCCCUUUCCCAUCUGGCAAUCCCAGGCUCCCAUGAUUCCUUCAGCUACUGGGUAGAUGAAAAGUCCCCCGUGGGGCCCGACCAAACCCCUGCCGUCAAACGCCUCGCCAGGAUCUCCUUGGUGAAGAAGCUCAUGAAGAAGUGGUCUGUGACUCAGAACCUGAGCUUCCGAGAACAGCUGGAAGCUGGGAUCCGCUACUUCGACCUGCGUGUGUCUUCCAAGCCGGGGGAUGCCGACCAGGAAAUCUACUUCAUUCAUGGGCUUUUUGGCAUCAGGGUCUGGGAUGGGCUGAUGGAGAUUGACUCGUUCCUCAUGCAGCACCCCCGAGAGAUUGUCUUCCUGGAUUUCAACCACUUCUACGCCAUGGAUGAGGCCCAUCACAAACGCCUGAUUCUCCGGAUCCAGGAGGCCUUUGGGAACAAGCUGUGCUCAGCCUGCAGUGUGGAGAAUAUGAAGCUGCAGACGCUGUGGGAGAAGAAGUGCCAGGUUCUCAUUUUCUAUCACUGUCCCUUCUACAAGCAAUACCCCUUCCUGUGGCCUGGAAAGAAGAUCCCAGCGCCCUGGGCCAACACCACCAGCGUAAGCAAACUCAUCCUCUUCUUGGAGACCACGCUGAGCGAGCGCGCCCCCCGCGGCUCCUUCCACGUCUCGCAAGCAAUCCUCACGCCCAGGGUGAAGACCAUCGCGCGAGGCCUGGUUGGUGGCCUCAAGAACACUCUGGUCCAUAGGAAUCUUCCUGCCAUCCUUGACUGGGUGAAAACUCAGAAGCCUGGAGCCACGGGCGUCAACAUCAUCACGUCUGACUUUGUGGACCUGGUGGACUUUGCCACGACUGUCAUUGAGUUGAAUGACCUCCUCCAGGAGGACAGAGCUUUGGCUAAAUGCUGACUUAAUUUUUUAAUUUAACUUAAUAUUGAGUUUGUUGAUCUUGGCUAGAGGUCUGAAGGGUUUCCUGUUAGGAUGGCCCCUGGGCAGUGAAGUCAGUGAGAGGAGGGCACAUUUAUUUGUCCCUCCUCAGAGGGCCAUUUGGAUAAAAUUACAGAGCUUUUCAUUGCAUUUUUCCCAAAUGAGACUUUUUCAAAACUUAAGUCCAAGGGAAGAAAGCCUGUUUCAUGUGCUGAAGGUCAGGAUCUCCCCAACGUCAUAUGAUGUUGAAUGUAAUAUGGGAACGGGGUCUCCGAGUUCCGUUGGGGCAUCGAGUGACCCCUCGUUGGCCCAGUUCCCCAUUGUCUUCCAGGAUGUUGUGUUUGAGCCAGAGAGAAGGUUGAAGCAGAAGGGGAUUCCUGGUCAAAAGAAUGGCUCGUGGCAGGGGUGGACUGCCCUGGGGGGGUGGCUCUACCUCCAACCUGGGGCUCUGAGCAGGGAAGGGACCAAGCACUAGUUCUCUCUAGGCGUGCGGGUUGUCACCACUUCUCGGAGAGAGUGAGACGUAUUUAUCACCAAGGUAUUUCAGCCACAAGCUUGUUCUUGCAGGGCUUGUGCUUGGGAGCUGGUCGCCUUCUUUCUUUAGAUGAACAGUGUAUACUGUCCUCGGUAUCAGGAAUGCAUUUCCUAGUUUUAAAACAUUGAUUCCUCUCUAUUUCUUUUGGCCCCUUCUUUAAAGUGAAAGAAACAAUGAUAGCACAUCGUUUCAAGGAGGGGCCCAACAAGAGAUAGACGUGCAUGGCUGUUGCAUGCCAGCUUUCUUUGAUUUAAUUCUGUAGCUUUUCCCCAGAUGGCUGCCAGGCCAGCGCCUGCUUCAUUUUGGCAAAGUCCUCUUUGGAGUGGGAACUUCAAGCCGGAUCUUGGAACUGCAUCUCGUUGUUGUCUGCCUGGGACUCGGGUCUGCCCUGUGGGACACAACCCUAAUGGAAGGCACCUUGUCCCUGACAGCGGGGAGGCAGACACAGGAUGCAGGGGAAAGUGCAAUGGGUUUAAGGAGGAAGCUCCAAGUGGGCUGGGAGCCAUGCUGUAACUCCUUGAAAACAAGACUACCUCGGGGAUCUUUAGGCUGACUGUGUGUCAUCAAGUGAGAAAUACCCAGUGUGGGAGUAUUUCCAGUUCAUGUCUUGACUGUUCUACUUUCUGCAGGUUGUUUUGAGCCUACUAAUCACCACUGCAGAAGGGCUUUGAAACUCAAGAGGGGAUUUUUUUUAUCUAUUAUUGAUAAGAGGUGCUUAUCUAUAAAAAGCCCUCUUGUGUUUUGUCUUAUUUAUUUAUUUAUUCAUUCAUUUAUUUAUAGAUUAAGUAUCUUCCAUGCUUCUUACUUCAAGAGCACUCACAAGGGAGCUCCCUCACCCAGGCCAGAUGCCGCCCCGGUCCUCCCGCCUCAACAGGACCACGCGUCUCAGGACCGGGAGAGACCUCUGCCUCGCUGUGGGUGCUGCAGACUUCCUCGCUCCCCCGGCCAUGCCGGGGACAGUGUGCACGUGGGGAGGGGGGGGGGUCCAGAUCUGAGAGGCCGCGGCCAAGCCAUGCACUGUAACAGAAGACCGAAUGGGUCAUGAAGGGCUCUCAGGUCCCAAGGUAAACCCUCUGGAAGAGGGUUGAAAGGAAAGGCGCUAGAAAGAAAACUGGGCAUUGUGAGUGUGUGCACUUUGAUGUGCCUCAGAACUCUCUGAGAACCCCGAAGCCGGUGUCAGCUUCUGGAUUCUUAAGGAGGAAAGAGAACAUGGGACCCAAAUGGAUGUGUGCAUUCGUACAGACGGUUGGACCAUCCCCCCAGUCGCUUCCCACUCCUGUUCUCUGCCACUCCGUAGCUGGAUUUUGCAUGUUGCCUGCAGUGGGGGAUGUCUUAGCCGAGCUGCUAGGAGCACAGGCACACCCCCCUGCUGGGUCUGCCAGCCUUUGCUUUGCUUAAAGUAAUUUAAGCCCCAACCUUUAGCUGCCGCACCUUGAGGUCACAGCAAAAACGACUCUGGGGAGAUCUGGUUUGAUUCUUCCUUUCCUUAUAUUUGAAUCCCUCUCCAGAGAAGUUUCUGGGAUUCCACUGUCAAAUUUGUAGGGUCUUCUCUGCAAAGGAGUGAGAACGUGAGUGCCCUCACUUUCUUAAUUUUCCUUCAAUUCUGAUAUUAAACUCCAGUGACGAGCUCUGAACUUCCCUGGCUGACCCUCAGGGUUUUCUUUGUCAUUUCCUUUUGGUCUUGAUUUUGGUCAAUUGCUAAGGACUAGACCAUUUCCCCUCUGUUAACCCUUUGUUACUUGGCAAAGAGAUAAGGAGGCAAGAGGAGAAUUCUUCUGCUCUGUUUUAUUGGAGCCUCAGCUUUGUCCAGGUGCUUGCUUGGUGCUAUGGCCAGGUGUAUUGACAGGUAUCCACAAAGGAUGCCAGUGACACCCAAGGGCUGCUGACUGUUCAGUGAAAUGUUUACUUGAUUUUCUCCUUUAGUUUUAAUAUAUGUAGUUGCCCUUCACUUGGGUUGUAACAUUUAAGCGUGCACGGUAAGAGGAAAGUCGCCAAGCACAGGCAACGGUACCAAGGUCACACGCGUGGAGCCCUGCUCUGCGUGGAAGAUGCCAGCACUCACUCCUUCGUGCUGCGUUAGGAUGCCAGCCUGGUUUGCCUCUGGAAGUUCUGUGCAGGAGUUCUGGGAGAUAGGAGGAUUCUUUGCAGUUCACCCUUGAGAAACACCCUUGAAUUGGCGGACUCUCUGCCCCAAGACCGAGUUGCUUCACAUAUUGUAAAGGAUGUGUGUGUGUUCUGCUCCUUGACCUCAGGCCAAGCAGGAGACUCGGUGAUGGGACAGAAGGAAAAUAAACUUUAGGUCUAUGACUCAUUCUGCAACUGCCAACAAUAAAAAUGGUGACCUAACUACAUCACUUACUCUCGCAAGUUCUGGAACCUUUCAGAUCAAACAGGGCUAUCAUAUUUGCUCAGAAUUAACUUCAAGAUCAGCUAAAAAGCAACUUAUUGAGCCAAAGAGGACUUCAGUUUCACAGGAUUUGGGGCUGCGUUUAUUCUGAAACGUAGACUGAAUUUUGCAUGGGCUCCCUGGACCGCUUCCCACGUGGCCACACUCCCAUGGCUUUGUGGCCAAGGGGACAAUCACAAGUUGCAGUUGGAGUAGAGCAGUGUUUAAAGCCUUGAACUCUGAGCCUAUUAGAAGUACCACUGUGGUUUUGUGGGUACAGAAAAUAUUCUUAGCUUUAGAGAGAAAGGUCAAGAUGGAAUUGAUGGAAGGGAAUGACACAUUAUUGGCGAUUAAAUUUUAAAUUAAUGGUGGAUCUAAGAGGGUUAUGCCAAAAAAUAUUACAUAUUUGCUGUAUUAGACACUUUAGUAAUUAAGUUUAAUUAUUUUCCUUAGCAGGGAGUCCAGACUCCUGAGUUCUUGAGAAUAGUUAAGCCACAGUCCAAACCCAGUAUUUUAUAUAAACUUAAAGAAAAGCACAAGAUCUGAGCCCAGUUAAUGAUCACUCUUAAGAAGCCUGCUUAUUCUAGCAUGACCUUAUAUACACAUCAGAAAGUUGAUCUUUCUGAGGGGAGGGUCAUAGCUGAGGGGUAGGGCGCAAGCUUAGCAUGCAUGAGGUCCUAGGUUCAAUCCCUGGCACCUCCAACUGAAAAAAGAGUUGAUCUUUCUGCUCAAGAAAAUGCAGUGCAACAGUCUAGAGUUAAAUGCAGUUCUGAGGUGUGUCAGGACCUCCUACUUCUGUCUUUCUGAAUCUUACCGUAAGAAAAUGCUUCCCACAGAGACAUUAUUACAGCCCAGCUAGGAAGGUUAGCACAAAACUGAAGGUGGGGAAACAGAGGAGGUUAAGACUGAGAUUAAACUGCUGCUUUUCCUGGGAAGCAAAAGCACUACACAAAUCCAGGCCAUCUUACAGAGAUAGUUCAUGCCACAGCUCAAGUGUUUGUAACGUUCUUUAUUGGGUGGUUACAGGUGUUUAGUGUUAGGUUCUGGGAAACAGAACGGGCUAAUGAUCCGGGCACAACCACGAGCCUCCCCUCCCUUGGCUGAGCAAAGAGCCAACCUGUGUGAAUCUGCCUUGGUUCUUCCAUCCGGACUGUGUUUGACAAACCACAGUUGACUAGCUCCCCAAAAUAUCAGGUUCCUAAUAAUUCGGUUAAAUGCCUGUGCUCAGGGAGUGUACGGUCGUGGCCUCUUCCUUGUGUGGCAUGUGGGGAGAGACGCUACCUGGGCUCAUUUCUCAUGUGUGACUUAGGGUGACAGGCCUUGUCCAUCUGUGGCACCUUUAGUGAUCGGUCAGAUGAGAUGAGUAGGGCUGAGAGAAAUAUCUGACCUAGCGAGGCGGCCCUUCCCAAAUAAUCACAUGAUACCAAAAGGAAAUGAGUAGAAAUUGAUAAAAUGUCCAAACUGACGGGAAGUUUAUUUUGUACAGAACCUGGCUGUCCACUAAAUUCCACUACCGUCCCUGCACAUCUUGGUCCUCUGCCUCAGUUUGCUUCCUAGUGUCUGCCACCAGGGCUCCGUCACUCACGCAUGUUGCCUUGGGACACACAGGAGUGAACUGAUUGGGUGAUAAGUGGUUUAGCUGGAAACUUUACCCUUAAUUCCAAAUGAUACUGAACAGCUCUUUACUGCUCUGAGAGAUCCACUAUCUCUUAUCCUCCAGCUUCCCCAGCUUCCUACUAGAAAUAGUGCCACUGACGGCAUCAUAUCCCUGAAUCGGCCCUAAACCUGAACAGUAUAGUACAAAUGCUGUCAAUGAUAAAUUAGCACAAUGUCAGACACUGUAAAAAUACUCUGACUCUUCUAUCCUGCAGUGGAUAUAGUGUUCCAGUCUUUGCUCCAGCAAAACUUAUUCUUAGGGCUUUUCAAACUUGUUUCUAAGCUGCAUAGUUUUGAUAAAAUAUCUCCCUUCUCAUCACUGGGAACUGAGUCCCACAUUCUACUGAGGCCCCCAUCCGUGUCUAGAGGCAUUUUCUGUCUAUUUCCCUCUCUUCUUCUUCCUAGGAUACCCCUUCCUCCUCGUGUCUCCUGGCCAUCCUCUGACAUCUGCUGAUUACUGUUAACCACAGGAUGCUGACAAAACUUAACAGUAAAAAAGCACAUACAGUCAAUGAUGUGCGGGUACACUCUUAUCACAGUGGUUUUUAUAUCUCAUUCCCCUCGAAUGCAUCAUCCUGCACCCCCACUCCCACCCCCACCCCCGUCACUAGAACUAUACUUGAUUGGAGCCCAGAACUGGGGGGCCAGUACUUCAUUCACAAGCUCUGAGCCCAAUGAGAAGCACAGCACUUUGAAAAGUCAAGUAGGCCUUCAGUAGCUUUGUACAUUUGCAGUAUUACAUCUGUUACUAGUUUGUAGCACUAAUAACACUUCAGUCAUAAAUCUAUAUUAUCAAUAAGAUAAAUCUUAGAACGUGUUCUACAAACAGUGGUACCUUGCUGCUAUUAUACUUACUAUAAUAUUGGUAAGUAUUACAUACAGAUUGUGUAUGCAUUGCUUGUUUGUGUGUAUGCCAACCGUAAUACUUAAGCUCACUGAUCAGCAACUAGAAAAUACAGAGAUCGUCAUAGUGAAAACAGGUCUUGGUCAAUUCAGAUGAUAAUGUGAAUCUGGUAAAUGCUCCAUUAGAUAUUAUAUUUUGUCCUCUAUGCUUGUUUUAUAUGAAAAUGCAUGCUGUUUUCUAAGUAAAAAACAAUAAUUAUACCAGUUUUAAGAUUAGAAUGAAAUUUUUGCAUGUGGUAUUUGACACUCGGAACUGUAUUUUGUGGUGUAAUUAUCUUAUUCAUAUGCAUUUCACAUGGCUUUUUUUUUUUUCUCGUAGGAAAUAAUUGUUCAAAUAUCUCUUCUUCUUUCUUGUAACCUGGAUGUAACUGCUUAAUUCAAGCUACAACAUUGUAAAGCCAGAUUACCUCAUUUUAACUGUGAAAAAAGCUCAGUAGAUAUGAUGACAUGAUGUCUUUUCUUGUAUUGGAUUUGAACUACCUAAAUAGGCUUAAACCUAAUAAUAAAUAUAAGAC